CUUUUCCUUCUCCUUCCUUUCUCUUUAAUUCUCAUUCCCACGUUUUCCUCCCUCAGGUCACCAUUCCCCUGGGUCUGCUGAUGGUGGCUGGGGUGACACUCGCUAGACCCCAGUAUGGCCCCCCUGGUCCCGUCUACACAGCCCCAGUGGCCCCCUCGUACAGCCCAGUCCACGCCUACAGACCCCAGCCUAUCUACAAUGCCAUCCCGCAAUACGACUUCGACUACGCGAUCAAGGACUACAACGGCAACGACUUCGGCCACCAGGAGUCCCGCGACGGCUACGACACCAAGGGCUCCUACUACGUGCAGCUUCCCGACGGCCGCCGCCAGCACGUCCGCUACUACGUCAACGGCGACUCCGGCUUCGUGGCAGAGGUCUCCUACGAGGGCGUGGCGCAGUACCCGGCCACCUACGGACCCGCCCCAGUCCAAGGCUACAGCCCAGUCCCUGCGUACGCCUGAACCUAACCAAUACCUCACUGGACUUCACCCCAUCCUGAUAUCACACACACCGCGGAGUCUUUCACGUGAUCGAUGAUGUAUAUAUAUAUUUUUGUACCGUGGAAUAAAGAGCGAACGAACUUGU